AAAAAAAAACUUCCCAUAUUCGAGCGUUGCGUGCUAGAGAGUUUUCCGAACUUUUUGUUAAUUUUUUUUUCCUUUGAGAGAGAUCGGGUAUCUCUUGUUUCCUUGAUCCUAUCUUGGUUCUUUCUAAUUUCCUACCUACUACGGCACGGGCGAAGAAAAGAGUCUCACGUAUACAAGAUUUGGCUAUUUACGGGCUUACCUUACCUUACGGUACUUUGGGCUAUUUCGAGGUUGACGUUGGGCCCUGGCCUAUUUCUGAUCCGGAUCCUGAGACUACCGAUCGGUAUACUAAGGACGACUACGACGAACGACACAUUGCUGCUGCUGCUUGCUUGGAUAUAAUACUUCGACCCACUUCACCUCCUCAUCGACGUCAACAAUAACGAAGGACCUUUACCCACAUCGACAAUGAUCUUCACAACACCGAUAACGAUCCUCCUGGCCAUAGGCCCGGCCUCUAUCCUCGCUGUCCCUACGGGGACCGUUGGGUCAUCGAUAGCAGAUAUCAUUGCUAAACGGUAUCUGGACGCUGAUCUUGUGAGCAAACUUGAGGAUGGCGUCUGUGAUCUCACAUCCGCUUCUAUGCCAGCCGCACCUACACCCCUCCCACCUCCAUCCACCGGCCUCACUCUCUCCCACGUAGCCAUCGGCCGCGGCACACAGAACUAUACCUGCGCUUCCGCCGCUGCAACCGAGACCCCCAAAGCCAAGGGCGCCAUGGCCUCUCUCUUCAACGCAACCUGUAACGCGGUCCGCGCCCCCGCUGUGCUCGCCAACGUCACGGCUCUCGCCCUCAACUACGAAAUUCCCACCUCGGAAAUCGCAGAGACUCUGCUAUCUGGGCACCACGAGUUCACGGACAAGGGCGUCCCCUUGUUCAAGCUGGUGACCGAGAGCGUGAAUUAUGGGAUGGUGUACGGAAAGGUGAUUGCCAACUCUACAGCGCCGACGACAGCAAGCAAGGGAACGAACGACCUGGGAAGCGUUUUGUGGUUGAAGCUGAACGGGAUUGAUGGCGACUAUAAGGAGGUGUAUCGGAUAAACACUGCUGGCGGAGCGGCGCCUAAAACAUGCGAGGGUAUCAAUGGCGAAUUUACUGUACCCUACGCUGCCGAGUACUGGUUCUGGAAGUAAACGCAUCGAAAGCGUUAGGGGGGUGGAGAAGAAGUUCCAGUAUUGUAUCCGUGUACAUAGCAGCAUUUGUCGGCGUUGGGAAGGAUGGGUUGGCCACUAGUGUUCGAUAGCGCCUAGGUGGUCUCGCAGAUAGGUAUUACGUUCUCGACGGUCGCUCUGGGUCUUCAGUCUGGACUGAGGAAGGAUGUAGGGUAAUCGUAUAAUUAUUUUUGCGCGAAACCUGUACGUUCUUCUGGAAGAGUAUCGUGAUUACGAUGCCUCUCACGGUAUGUAAGG